AUGGCGAGCAAAACUGGCUACCAAACUGUUUGCAUGCCAGAAGAUAUAAUCUUUGAGAUUUUGGUAAGGCUACCUGUGAAAUCUUUGUUGCGAUUCAAGUCUGUUCGUAAAUCAUGGUAUGCAAUAAUCAAAACUUCUGAUUUCAUCCGUCGCCAUCGUGUGAAUAUGGAGAAUUCUAAUAACACCAAUCUAGGCACCUUUGUCUUUGAGUACUUAGAUCAUAGACUUGCAUAUUAUUGUUCUGACAUUGAUAUGGCGGCCACCGGACUUCGUCAAUUCCUUAUUGUUUCUGGUGAAAACAGCCUUAACGGGCAUGACAAUCUAGGACUAGGAAUCAUACCUUGUUUAGCAAAUUCUUCUGUAUCCAUGGCAGAUUUAACCUUCGCAGGUUCUUGUCAUGGAGUACUUUGUUUUUAUCAUCAAGAUGUUAGGAAGGGCAUUGUUCUUUGCAACCCUACUACAAGGCACAGUAAACUUCUCGGGAAACCUUUAGGGCGAAGAUCUGGGACAUGUUUUGUUGCCUUUGGUUUUGAUGCCAUAACCAGUGAUUACAAGGUGCUAUGUGUUAAGUUUUUUGUCGAUGCGCCUUAUUAUAUUUCUCCGGAAAUUCAAGUAUACAAACGAAGUACUAAUUCUUGGAAGCGGAUAAAUUCAAAUUUCAUUAGUGCACAAUCUUGUUCACUUGAUGGGAGCAAACAAGGCAGAUACUUGAAUGGUAAUUACUACUGCAUAGGUAAGCAAGAAUACCAAACAAUUGUUUCAUUUGAUUUUAACAAAGAGGUGUUCAGACCAAUACCAGUUCCCAGUGAUGAUUGUGAUACUUGGUCGACUGAUGUGAUCCAACUAGAUUCAAUAAGAGAUAAACUUGUUUGCAUUAAGGAAUCAAAUCGUUGUAGGGGACCAACUUGUGUAAAGACAUUUAAAGUAUGGGUGUUGAAUGAUUUCAUUGCCAACGACAAGAACUGUUCCUGGACUAUGCUUCAUAAAUUUAGCACUGCCAAUGAAUAUGACCGUUGGGUGCCAAUGGCGAUUUCCAGGAAUAAACAGUUUAGUUUUAUUUCUGUAUUUAACGAUACGAAACUGUACAAUUUUGUUACUGGUGAAAUCGAGGAUUGGAGUUUCGGUGAAGGCAUAAAGUUGACAAAAACUGAUGUGUACAAGGAAAGCCUUAUUUCAGUCUGA